UCUAUAAUACCAAUGUUAUUUGAACUAUGGCAUGUGGCAUUUGAUAAAAAUAGCAUCAACAUAACCCAUACAAUAAAAAAAACUUUAGAAUACAUUAAAAUCGGCGGCGUCAAGGAUGCUUUUGGAAGCCUCGGAUACUGUAAUUAUGAGCAAGAACAAGUUUGCUAGAUCAUCCUCGCCUCUUGACCGCUCAGUAGUGAUCCGUGUUUAUAAACAAACAGACCUUAGCCAACUAAAAUUGUGAUAAAGUUAUUAAAACAUGAAGAACAGUGAACUAGAAUUACGUCCAACGGACAUCACAAAUGGAAGUGAACCUAAGAGAAAUGAGAACAGUGAACCGAACAGAUCAUGCCUGGGUAAAAUACGCGCGGCAAUCGCCUUCCUCACCAUAGAACCUUUCUUGCUCUGCUACAUCUUGCCCAAUUCGAUAUCCAGCAUAGCUGUUCAAAGACUGAACUUGGAAAAGGCGUGCCGCGUUGAUCUUGGGCAUACGAAGGAGAAAUGCGACGAGUGGGAUGGAAAUAUAACCAUUGCCAUCCAAUCCAUGGUAGCUGAUAUGACGACAUGGCAAGUGCCUUUGACUAGUGCUAUCCCAGCGAUUGUCAUAUUGUUUGUUGGAGCGUGGAGUGACCGCACCGGGAUCAGAAAAGCACUAAUGUUAGUACCGAUAUUUGGAGAGUUGGUGUCAGCAUUUGGUUUAGUUUUAACGACUUAUUACUUCGAAGAGUGGCCGCUUUUUGUCACGGCGCUGAUAGAAUCGCUGCCGACCGCAUUUUCGGGUGGAUUUUCUAUCGCUCUAAUGGGUUCAUAUAGUUACCUUGCCGACGUCACGUCUGUGGAGUCACGUACCUUUAGAAUUGGAAUCGCGGCUGUUAUAGUGACCCUGGGAGCACCAGCGGCAAUCUCUAUUAGCGGAGUACUGUUGGACGUAAUUGGUUAUUACGGCAUCUUUGGACUAACAACGGCUUUGUAUGCAUUUGGGCUGCUGUACACAUAUUUUCGGAUUCAUGACGUAAAUCCUAAGAAAACUGAAGGCACUUGGUAUCAGAAGUUGAUAAUUUUCUUUCACCCGAAGAAUGCGUGGGACACGCUUUAUAUUGUCUUCAAAAAGGGUCCCAAUAGAUCGAAAAUUAUUCUUGUCCUUUUAGCACAUGUUGUUAUAAUUGGACCUGUCUUUGGUGAAGGAGCUAUGCUGUACCAGUACCUGUUAUUUAAAUAUAGCAUGGACGACGUCGAAAUAAGUCUGUUCUUCACUUUCUCCAUCCUUGUCGGCUUGUGCGGCACAGCGGUAGCGGUGACGCUCUUCAGCAAAUUCAUGAAAAUGCACGACGCUAUACUGGGCGUCAUAGCGACGACAUGCAAGGUCUCGUCCAGCGUCGUGUACGCACUCGCCCCGACCAGACCUUGGUUCUACUCUGGGCCCUUUUUUGACUUCUUUGGCGGGACCGGGGUGACUGCGAUCAGGUCGCUGGGGACGAAGGUCGUCGCGCCAGAAGAAGUUGCUAAGAUGUGUUCUCUGAUCGGAUUGGUGGAGGCAAUAACGCCGGUGAUCUACACGCCCAUGUACAGCCAAAUGUACAAAGCUACUAUAGAGACCCUGCCAGGUGCAUUCUACCUGCUAGGAGGCGCUAUGACUGUCCCAGCGUUCUUUAUAUUCAUAACUCUUUACGUGUUAUACAAGAAAGAAGAAAGGGACAAAGUAAAGAACCCCGAACGCAAGGAGAGAUAUGCCCACGAAAACGCAGUUACGGAGUUCUGAUUCUGAUG